AUGGGCGGGGUACAGCUUAAAGUACCCCGUGGGCCUCCUCAUCCUCCUACGACAAAAAGAAGGAUGGAAAACCUGGUGGAACCACUAUUCAUGAAAAUGAUACUUAUGAUGGCCAUAAACGACCUGAUAAAAAGUGGAGAAACCAGUUUACGGGGAGGUAAUGAUGGUAAGGCUGGAGUUGGGGUAUUGGUUGCGGAGAAAUUGGUAGACAAAGUAGUCGAAGUGAGAAGGCUAGACAACCAGAUAAUGGUUAUUAAGAUGAUUUUUGGUAGAAAGCUGUAUAAUAUUAUUUCGGCAUAUGUUCCUCAGGUUGGAAGAAGUGAAGAAGAGAAAGAUAUAUUUUGGGACAGUCUAUUUGGGGUGACAUCGAGACUGGCAAUUGAAGAGGGGAUUAUCCUGGCUGGUGAUCUAAAUGGACAUGUGGUAGCGAGUAGUGAGGGUUAUGAAGGAGUACAUGGAGGUUUCAGUUAUGGCAUGAGAAAUUUGGAAGGAGAGAGGAUUUUAGAUUUUAGUGAUGCUAUGGAUAUGAUUGUCUGUAAUACAAUGUUUAAGAAAGAAUCAGAGAAGCUGGUGACUUAUAAAGUACCAAAAGUGCAGUAG